AAAUGUUCAAUUUAGUCCAAUGUAGUAUCUAUAAAGCCGUAGCUUAGCUAAUUCAGUAAUUCCCAUUUUAAAACACAAAAUCUCCAGAAUCAGUUAUUUCUCCAUGGCUACAAAAUUCUCAAAACUCUUCUUCGUCAUUCUCUUCUUCUCCACCACUCAUUCUACAGAAGAAAACCCUAAUCACACUUUCUCAAGAAUCCUAUCUCCGGCCAAACAAGGCCUUAAAAAAGAAAAACUAAGCCACCUUCACUUCUUCUUCCACGACAUAGUUUCCGGCAAAAACGCCACCGCCGUGGGAGUAGCUCAGGCAGCCAUGACAAAAACCUCCGCAUCCCUUUUCGGACUUGUAACCAUGGUGGAUGACCCGUUAACGGCGGAGCCGAGUCUCAGCUCCAAGAUUGUUGGAAGAGCUCAAGGAAUUUACGCGUCGGCUUCGCAGAGUGACAUCAGCUUAUUGAUGGUGUUGAACUUUGCCUUUGUUGAAGGUAAGUAUAAUGGUAGUAGCCUUAGUGUUUUGGGCCGGAAUAGUGUUCUUUCCGGUGUCAGAGAGAUGCCGAUUGUCGGCGGAAGUGGGCUUUUCCGGUUUGCUCGUGGCUAUGCUCAGGCUAAAACUCGUGAAUUCGACAUGAAGACGGGGAAUGCUAUUGUGGAGUAUAAUGUUUAUGUGUUCCAUUAUUGAUGGAGUUUUUGUUGUUUGUUUGUAUUAUGCCUUUUUAGCUUUUUGUUUUAUUUAGUGGGAUUUGUAGUUUUCUACCAAGAAGUUGACAAGGUUUAAUUUGCAUUAAAUUUUAGAGUUUUUUAAGAAAAAGUUAUAAAAUAUUACGCUCUCUUCACUGA